AUUUUUUGUUUGGGGCAGCUGCUGAACCAAAAGUUUUUCAGUGCGCAUGUAUCAAAAGCAACGUCAAGACGUGUAAAAAAAAGUUUUCUGAAACAAAUACAAACGAUAAGGCAAUUAAUGCCAUCACCUAGUUUUUUAUACGAUUCAAAAUAAAAGAUUUGUAUCCGCUGAUUCUCAACAAGAACGAGUUAAAUUUCAUCGACAAUCAACUAACUAAAAUAAUUAUUUUUCUCGAGAAAAACAAAUUCUCAUAGAUUGUAAUUCAUAUAUAAAAAUUUUUCGGAACAUUUUUCCUUCGAUUCAGAUAUGGAAAAAGAGAAAAUUGUCGAACGCCAUUUUUAUCAAUGGAGAGUCUUUCUCAAUGAUCGGGGAGAAUUAUUGAUUAAAGGAUCACUCAAUAAUGAAAUAUGGUCUCGGAGUAAACCAGUUGCAGAAAUGUUGUUAUCAAAAAAACUUAAAUCAAAAUAUCAACACAUUUAUCAUCUUCAUGGAUGUAUUAUCGACGAAAAGAAUGAAUUACCAAAAUAUAUUUAUCAAAAAUUCUAUAACGGUUUUCCUGACGAUUGGCGUAACGUUCAUGCAAUAUGGAAAAAUUACGUUGCUCAAGGAAGCAAAGAAAAUUUUCACUGGCCAAUGAACGUUAAUGAUAUCAAUCACAAUAGUGAAAUAACAGAUAAUAAACAAAUGCAAAAAACAGAGAAGAAAUUUCAAGAAUUAAAUUUCAUGGAGAAAUCAACACCACAACAAUCAUCUAGUUAUAAUUCUGAUUUUCAACACGAGAGAAAUAAAAAAAUUGUCGAAAAUCAUCGAAAUAAUAUAAAAAUGAAAAAAAAUCAAUCAAUUCAAAUAAAUAGAGAUUCCCAACAAUUUAGCGAAAAAGAAAAUAAAAAUUUACAUGAAAAUCAAAAUCAAUUUAAUGUCACUGACAAUCGUUCACAUUCUGGUAAUUUGUACACGGCAUUAAAUUAUGCUCUAAAAUUAAAAGAUUUUAUUUUCCCAGAGAAACUUACAAUUAUCACACAAAAUUUAUUACAUGAAAAAGUUUCCAAAAAAUAUGUUCAACGUGUUAGUAAAACAAUUGAAUAUUUAAAUAAUAUUUCUAUAAAAAUUGACGAAUUAGAUGAAAGUAAAUUAAAAUAUGAUCAACCAUCUAAUUUAAAGAGAAAAUUUGAUAAAAAUUCUGAAAGCAAGGAAAUGAAAGAAAUAAAUUCAGAAAGUGAAAUAUAUGCCGGUGUGCAUUUAAGUGUCAAUGAUGAAAUUAAUAAAAUUUCAUCAGAUAAUGAACAUCUUUCUAAAACAAAAAUCAAGGAAAAUCGAUGCAUUAAUGCUGUACAACAACAAAAUUUGCCAGCAAAUGAUUUAAAUAAACAUAAAUUACAUCAAAAGCCAAGAAUUAUUAAAACAGAAAUAGUAAAUUUCUCUAAUUUCAGGAAAUCUCUUAAUUAUUUUUCAAGCAGUGAACAUAAAGUAGAUCAAUCUAUUAAAGCAACGAAUUCACAAAUAAUUCAUCAAAAUUCAGAGGAGAAAAUUGAAGAAAAUUCGAAUCAAGAUUCAUUUGGUUCACAGGAGAAUCCAAAACUCUUAAAAAAUUGGAAUCCACUUGUCACAUUUGAUGGGAAUAAAUGUUAUCUCACCUUCGAGGGAACUUUGUUGAAAACGGCUGGCCAACCAAUGAAAAAGAAGUUCACCACAAGUCAAGUUAUAAAAAGAAUUUCAUCUUUUGUUAUCGAGACUGCAGAUUAUCAAUUUUAUAAAUUAGUUGGAAAGAUAAAUAUUAAAAAACAUGUUGUGCCUAAAGAACUUUUGCCUCAAUGCAGAACCGGUUGUCCAGUAAAUAUUGAUGAGUUCUGUGCAACUUGGUUGAAACUAAAAGGAGACGAUGAACGAGUUAUAACGAAAGACGGAGAUACUGUUUUUAAAUCAGGCAAUCCUAAGGAAAAAUUUGUAACUUCAAUGGUUGGUAGUCCCAGUAAAUGUCGGGUGAAGAAAGAUGUUUUAAAUUCAGCAGAUGAUCGAAACGCUAAAAAUAAAGUCGCGCGAAAAUUAAAAUUUGAAUCAGGCGAAAGCAAAGAAGAAGAAACGAAAACUAUUAAUACUCGCAGAUCUCAUUUGUAUGCAUUAAGGAAACGACGAAGAAUUAUAUAUACUGAAAAUGAUGAUGAUGAUAAUGAUGUUAAUGUUGGUGAAAAUUUCCCAUCUCAUUUGAAUGCAUUAAAGAAACGACCAAGAAUUAUCUAUACUGAUGAUGAUAAUGAUGUUAAUGAUGGUGAAAAUUUCCCUGAGAAAAUUAAAAAUGGAACAGAAAAACCUAAACAAUUGUAA